ACGUUAUGGUAUGUAUUGUAACACUUAAUUCCAUCAUUUUCAGGUAAAACUUAAGUUUAUUUUUUAAAAUUAAAAAAAUGCAAUAUGACAUAUCGGUUUUUAUUCUUCCACUUGUUCUAAGUGAAUUAAAAAUUUAGGUUAUUUUAAACGGAUUUCUGGCAGAAAAAAAUGAAAGAGAUUGGAAAUCUCUCAUAAUUAUCAUCAGAAAGAACCUCUCUUUGAUUAAUUACGAUUUAUUGGUCAGCAUAUUUAAUGGUAUCAUUUUGAAACGGUUCUUACUUAUAUAUGCAUUUUAUUUUGGUUAUUUCAGAAAUCAUGGAAAAGAUACUAACAUAUUUAGGGCUAGCGUUGUCUUUGAUUUUUACACCAACAUAUGCAACGUUAAGUAAUUCGACACGGAAUUUACAUGAUGUUCUGUUAGAUGAUUACUAUAGAGAUAUAAGACCGUGUUUAGACUGUCUGUCACCGUUAAAUAUCAGUGUAUCUUACCACCUCACUGCACUCAUCAAGUUAGAUGAACUCGAAGGAGAAUUACACUCGGUUGGCUACCUUAAAGUUGAGUGGAUAGAUGAACGAUUAAUGUGGAACCCAUUGAUGAAUGGUGUUGGAAGUAUAUUAUUCUCUCCUCAUAAAAUUUGGGUACCAUCUUUAACUGUAGGAAAUCCGUCGAGAGAAAUAAGCGAUCUCAAUGCAGAAAAAACUCUCGUGCGAGUUAUGUACAACGGUACAGUUAUUUGGCACCCAGGAGACGUUUUUAAAACCACGUGUUCCUUCGAUAUUUACAGAUACCCGUUUGACAAGCAAAUUUGUUACGUUAUAUUUACUCCUUGGUCAUACCGUGCAAACGAGGUUAGGUUACAUGCAGCAGACGAUAGCAUCGAUACGUCAUUUUAUCAGGAGAAUGGACAAUGGGAGUUGCUAUCAUUGUCUUCAGAAGAGUACAUACAAAACGACGUGUCCUUUGUACAGUUUAACAUCCGGUUUCAUAGAAGAUCGACAUAUUUCGCCGUGAACAUCAUCUUGCCGAUCUUUAUGUUGGCAUUUCUGAAUUGCUUAGCAUUUGUGAUUCCAGUGGAAAGUGGCGAGCGAAUAUCGUAUACGGUUACAUUGUUGUUGUCAUUUGCCGUGUUUAUGACACUUGUUAGUGAUAAUGUACCAAAAACCUCAUCUCCAAUGUCCCUCCUGUGUUAUUUUCUCGCUGCAUUAUUUACAGGUAGCGUUUCCAUUAUGAUCGUGAUAAUGUUAAACAUGAGGCUCUUCUACAGAAACUCUUCAAUUAAAAUGUCACCAGUAUAUGUUUGCAUUUACAAAUUGUGUUGCCGUCCUAAAAAAAGAAGGCAGACGCGUGUCAAUAAGAUCAAGCCUGAUGGAAGUGUAUGUACAAGUGUAAAGACUAAUUCUGAAGACAGUGAGGCUAUAAAUGAAAUUUCUUGGCAAGAGUUGGCAGAAGCUUUAGAUAUUGUCGGGUUUAUACUAUCAUUGUUAUAUUAUAUAUCAAUAUCCAUCGCGGUAAACUUGAUGUAAUGAGCACGUAGUACAACAUACUAUAUAUUGUUGUACAAUUUGAUUAAUAUCUGCUCCUAAAUAACGUUACGCAUUAAGAUGUGACGUUCAGCAAUAGUUUGUCACCUUCUCGUGAUUUGUCAAACACAGGGGGUCGAACGUAUAGCGGUGCGAUACUCCUUUAAGCGAGGUGAUUUCAUGCGAUACGCCCUAAUGGCGGAUUUACCCGUGUAAACACACGUCAGAGUGAGUGUUUUUUAUUAAGUUUUUCAUAAAUCUUCGAUUACAAUUGCAUAUUUUGUAUUGAGGAUGUGAAGAUAGGACCGACACACAUUUCAUCAAAAUUACAGAGGCCUAAAUUCAUAAUUAAAAAAGUUAUUGAAGGUAAACUGACGGCAACUAAUUUUGGGUCGGUGAAUAAAAUCGCUUAAUGCAAGCUUAUAUUAAUAUAGUUAAUUUGUUUUUCUUCUUUAUUCUAUAAGAGUAAUCAUAAUUGAGUUGUAUAGCAAGUACCUUUGUGCUCCGAUAUACAUAGACGCUUACUGGUCAAAAUAUUUAAGUGUACGCUGGGUUUUGGUGCGAUAAAAUAACUGUACGCUGUUAAAGGUUCGAUAUUUUUCAUUAUCACAUCUGUUGUACAUGUUUUCCUAUGAUUAUACUCAGAUAUCGACUAUAUAUGUGCCCUUUUCCGGAAUUCUGAAAUUUUCUUCUUUCCUUAAAGAUUUACUUGAAAUAAAAGUUUUGUAUAACCAUCUAUAUAAGUAUUUGAACUUAAUUUGAAUAAUAAAUAAUAUUUAUCCUUUAAUAAUUAGGAGUUGGAUAAAAGUAACCUUUACUCUAAGAUCUUAGAUAAAAAGUAGGAAUUUGACCAAAAUAUGUAAGAAUGAAUUUAAGAAACCAAUUAAGAAAUCUUGUAUAAAUUAACUCACUUUCAAAGCAGAACAUUUCAGAAAAAUAGCAGUUAAUAUGUGAUAUAAGGGGUGUGUUACUUCAUGAGGUUCUAAGAUCUUUUGUACAUGCUGCUGUCAAACUGAUAUUUUUUCAUAUUAUAAAUAGAAUUGAACAUUUCAGACAACCUAUAAAAUACAGUGAAAGUACAUUUCGCUGCUGUUCUAGAGCUAGAGACUGAAAACCAGAUGGUAAAAAUCUUUAGGUGGUAAAAUUCUUUUCUAAAAUGUUGCUUAGAACAGGCUAUUUUUGUAGUGCACAUACUUGUGGCCUGUCUGUCAGGAAAAAAGCACAAAACUUCAAUUUCAAACUUCAGUCAGUCAUUGGACACCAAACAGCUCAGUGUCUUUCUUAGGAACAGCUGAUGCUUACAUGUGCAAAUACACAGUUGUAGAUGUUGCAGAGCAAUUAAAACAUUACAACUUGAUUAACAAACAAAACUACUGCCAGAUAGGUAAUGUACCACAAGUACAAAUGCUGACAGGAUGUGCAAAUAAACAAAAAGCUAUUGAGUAUAUAUUAUUAGAUU